AUGCCCGUGUAUACCUGCCGUGAAUGCCAAGUCGUCUUCGAUAGCAAAAUCUGGUACGAAGGCCACUUGCUGCGCACACACGAUACCCCUAUCGAGAAUGCGCACCCCAAGCCUGAGGAUCUCUCUACAUCGCCUGCAUCGUCAACUGACUCUACGCUGAUGGAGCAGGCGCACAAGGCACCGCUGAACCGCUGCGCACUGCAAUUGCGAAACCGCGAGGCACUGCUGCGUGAUUUCCUCAACCGCGACGACACACUGGGCUCCGACCUCAUCCUGGCUAACAAGCACGGGCUUACAGACAACGCCCAGCGCAACCUGGAGGCCGUUGCAGCAAUUCUGGCUGCCCAGGCCGGUAUGCCGGCGCCCGCUGGUAUUCAGCCGGCUGCGCAGCAUGCAGUGGCCACAUUCGCGGCCCAGCCCGUUGUGGUGCAGACGCACGCGCCUGCGCCUAUUGUAGUGCAAACCCACGCGCCUGCACCUAUCGUGGUGCAGACACAAGAGGCUGCACCUGUGUUCCAGGUGCCCGAGACUGCUGCAAUCAUUCCAGGCCGGUUUACCGCCAUCUUGCGCUGCACACUGCCUAUUGCGCUUUAA